CAAAGAAUUAUUUGCAAAGGAAAGACACGCAGUCGACUAGUUGUUGUUUUUUUAGCUGAAUUCUCUUAAACAGGAGUUCCUCAUUUACCUGUUGACGGGUUGAACUCUUCAAACAGUACUGAAACCAGUUUACAGGACACUGAAACGAAUUUACUUUUUUCUUGCAAGAAUACACACAAAGCAGAUGAUGACGGAGGAAGAAGACAGUUUUAGAUAUCUAAGGACAUUUCCACAGGUGUUUCCUGUGUUUAGAGUUCGUUCUCAAAGUGACACAUCUGGAUUCAAAUCCAGAAUAUUGACCAGACUCCGCUCAGCCUGUUCAGUGGAGGGACUGGAAAAAUCUUCUCUGGCCAACUGUGAUGUGGUGGUUGGAAGUUCGCAGUCUCCUCAGCUCAAAGGAAAGGGGAAACUCUCGACUCUGGGCAAGAUCUUUAAACCUUGGAAAUGGAGGAAGAAAAGGACCAGUGAUAAGUUCCAGGACCUCUCCAAAGUUUUGGAGAGGAAAAUAUCCACCAGACAAACUCGAGAAGAGCUCAUAAGGAAGGGUGUCCUUAUACCAGACCAAGAUGAUCCUUUGAGUACAGAGACCUUGAAUGGUCAUGCCGUGCUUAGAGGAGGUACUGAAAAGGUCAAAGUGGACAUUGAGGCACCAGGCAAGGUCCCUGAAGAGAAGGCAGAGUUGGCAGCUGUUGCUGAAGAUCCAGAAGAGAGGACUGACAGCAAGCGCAGCCCGCAGGCCAAAAAGUCAGACGCUCCAAAAGCCCCCGCUAAAAAACAGCAGGUCACUCCCCUAAAACUCUCUGCUGAGGCAACGGACACAGGUAUGAAGAGAGGGGGCCAAGGAGGGGCUAAAAAGGUGACCAAGAGCACCAGUAAGCAGGUCUCCUCCACUCCUCCCAAGCAAACCACUCGAAGUGCUACUCGUGGCAAUGUUAAAUCUUCCAAUCCUAAAAGAACUGCAGUCGCAUCCAAGAAUUCCACUCAAACUUCAGGACAAUCAUCUUCAGUGACUUGCUCAAAGACCCCAAAGAACAACAAAGCAGAACUUACAGUAGCAGACACAAAGUCUGCUAAGAAAACUGAGCCCUCCAGGUCACCGCGGCCCCCUCCCAAACCCUCGUCUGAUACGGGCAGUUCUCUUGCGGAAAGCUCCUCUAAAAAGGACCAAAAGAAAAAAGUGGCCUCUAGUAUUAAUGAGAAGUCAGUUGAGAAGACACCUCAGGAUGGGAAGGGUGCUAGUCAUCUUUUGGGAUCCUCUGUGGAGCUGGACAAAAGGAAGCCACAUGUUAACAAGGCAACAGAGGAAACGGCUUUCACAGGAUCCUCAAAGGAACUUUGCUCAGAUACUUUAAAUGAACCCGUAAGCACAGAGAGUGAAGGAGAGAAUGAAAAGACAACAGCAGACCAAACACAGAGGGUUGUUGGGACUGAAGAAGGAGAGAGAACACAAACUGUCAAUGUGGAAAGCCCAGAGGUGACGAUCAUUCCUGACUCCUUUAGAGAAAACCAGGCCAAUGACUCUGAUUCAGAUGGUCCUAUACUCUACAAGGAUGAUGAUGAAGAGGAGGAUGAUGAUGAGUAUACCUCUAGCUCCCUUGCAAGCAAAAUUCGCCGCAAAGAUACACUUGCCAUCAAACUUGGUAACAGGCCCAGCAAGAAGGAGCUAGAAGAGAAGAACAUUCUCCCCAGGACAUCAGAGACAGAGCGACAGGAACUAUGGCAGCAGAUCGGCUGCAAACUAGUGAGACGGCUGAGUCAGAGGCCCACCACAGAAGAGCUAGAACAACGAAAUAUUCUGAAACAAAAAAAUGAAGAAGAAGAACAAGAGGCCAAGCAGGAGAUUAAAAGAAGACUCUCACGAAAGCUAAGUGUGCGGCCCACGGUUGCAGAGCUAGUGGCACGUAGAAUCUUGCGGUUCCAUGAAUAUGUGGAGGUCACAGAAGCUAAAGACUAUGAUCGGCGUGCUGACAAGCCCUGGACCAGGUUAACCCCUGCAGACAAAGCUGCUAUACGUAAAGAGCUCAAUGAAUUUAAAAGCAAAGAGAUGGAAGUCCAUGAAGAGAGCAGACAGUUUACCAGGUUUCAUCGGCCCUGAGGCGAUGCCUGGUGGUGGGGGUGCUGGAAGGCCGCUAACUCGAGGCUCUCUCUUCCUGUCUCUACGCCAUGCUCCCUGCUGAGAGGCAAACAGACUGACUCCCUGCGGCAGCUGGCGAUUCUCUGGCACUUGCUGCGCUCCCUGCUGGCUGCCCUGUAUUUGGUUAUUGCGUUCAGCCACUGGGGGGGGGUUGAGCAUGGCUAAAAUGGGCCUCGAAUGCCAUUGCAAGCUGAAAACAGAGAGAGAAAGAGAGGGACCUUAAAACAAGAUAAAGCAAUGCAGUGGUUCCGACCAGUUGUUUCAUAUCUUUUAUUUGAAUUUUUUACACACACUAAGGACAAGUGUCCCUGAUAUUCUAUCAAGGUAAAACUUGCACAUGCAGUGGCUCAUUCCUGCAUAGUUGCUGUGUGCAAACAGCAGCUCGGAGGAUUUAUAUUUGUUUUUUUGUAUAUACUACAUUUUUCUUGCAGUAUCCAGUGCAGAGUCCAGUAAUAACAUAUCUAUGAAUAUCCAUGCAUGUGAGAUUUUAUAAGACAUACGUACAUGGUUCUUGCCAUCUGUGUACAUUAAAUGGAUAUUGAGGUCCAUUUGGACAUCACAAGGUCCAGGAUUAUUACUGCCAUUUUUCAUCUGUAUCCAGAUUAAUAACGUCCUCAAUAUAUUAGAAUGUAAUCAGAUGUAUGUUGUGCCUUGACAGUGUUUUUUGUUUAAAUGUCUGAUUACUUGAUAUACAUGGUCAUGUUGUAACAUAUCUGUAACUGUUGUUCAGGAAAAGACUAUAAUCAUGUUUGUCAUAAUCCAUGUUUAUUUACAGCACUGGUUAAAUAUCCUUUUUUUCAUUCCUCUUAAAUGUUAUCAGAGUUUUCCCAAAGUUAUAGCUAUUGUCUUACUGAUUUUAGGUUUUCUCAAAAACAAAUUGGAGGAUUUUAUUGUGCCUAGCAAUAUGCAAGUGGUUGCAAGUAGGUUAAUUUUGUUCAACAAUAGUUUUACUCUCAAAAUUGGUAAGAGCUCCUUAUUUAUGAAAAGGCAGAUUUUAGUACAUGAUGAAAUGGCAUUAUUGUAUUGCUGCACAUUUUGGUGCUUGAUAUAAUUACCUGGUCUUGUGUCAGAGUGUUUUCUAUUUUGUUUGUUUAUAUAGUUAGAAAUUAGGGAAACUGUUUUAAAUUAUUUCAAAUCAAUUGUACAGACUAUGUAUGAUAUAUGUGAAUACAUAUAGUAUAUUGCACAUUGGUUUGAUUUAUUUUGAAUAACAACACAUCCAAAGGAUAAAAACACUUUUAACUAUUUGCCACUUUAAAUGAGUGAGUGAGUUUGAUCUUGGUCAGGCGCGGUUUCCCGUUGGGCCUGCCGUAUGGGCGCCUGUCUGCCCCUGAUCCGGGUUGACAACUUUAAGCACACUCAUUUACAAAUUAGAAUUCAGUCUCACUAUUAAGGAAUUUUAGAUCACGUUUAUAUACAUGUAACCCUUUAUUUAAUCAAGGUAGCACCAUUAAGAAGUCAUUUUUAGUAUUGAUAAUUAUAUAUUAGUAUAUCAGCACUUUUAAAACUCUCACAAAUCCAUUACAUUGCAUAGUAAGCAUAUUUAAAGUUAAUUAUAUAUGGGGCAUAUUUGCGAUAUUUAUAAUAAAAAGUGGAGUUCAGGAUUUCAGUAUUUUUAUAAUGGAAUAAUGUGGCUGUUAAAAUGCAUAACUACAAAAACUAGAAAAUAGGAUACAAAUUAAUAGGAUAGCUUAUAGCUACAAAAAAAAAAAAAACUUCAGAAGAAAUAAUUAUACAUGAUAGUACCUCUAGUAUUAAUAAUACCCAAGUUCACCAUCUAUUUGCUACCAUUUGUUAUUGUGCUUGGUGAAUAGAAAGGGCUGGGUAUCCAGACAUUAUGAGUGCACUCAUUUUGCAAACUGUUCAGGCUGUGUAUAUAUAUAUAUAUAUGGCAGCAUUUCACGGUGCUUCCAAAAACAAAUGAUGAGCACUAUAGUAAAAAAAAGAAAAGAAAGAGUAAAUUCCUUUUAUGGAAUUCUCUGCUUUUAAGCCAAUUUGAUUAUGAUCUUUGGCCUUUGAUUGAGAAUAACUGUCAUUAAAAUUGUACAGCUUUUAUACGGAGCAGUAUCCUCAAUGUAAAAUCUACAUUUAUGAGAUUAUGUUGGAUUUUAAAGUCAUGCACAGUUACUCUCAGAACAUUUUAUAAUGUAGAUGUUGAAUAAUUAUGAGUAUGAAUUUAAUUACAUCGGCUACUUCCACAUGUUGAAAGGCAUGAACUAAAAUACAUUUUUGAAAAGCAACUGUAAAAUAAGCUAGUUUUAUUGUAAAUGGCGUACGUGCAUACAAUAAAGCAAUUUUAAUCUAUCAAACUUUUUGGAAAAAAUCCUGUAGUGGUCUUAUAGUUGUUAUUAUAAUAUGUUAAGCAUAUCAAUAUAAUAGCUAAACUGAUUGUGUUAACAUGUCAUUUUUGUAAAUGAUCAAGCAAAAGCUUAUUAUUGUGAAGACUGGAUACUCUCCAGGAAUUAUUUGUGUGCAAGUCAGCAAAACGGGUCUGCUUUGCUAUUAAACUGUUUUCCCAUUGACGCACAGGACAUGUCAUGUAUUGUGUAUCGGUGUGCAUUGUCUUGAUAGUGACAUAUAUGUGUUUGUGUUGGACUUACUCUUAUUCACACAAUCGUGGAUCAGUUGUAGCAACAACUCAUUCUAGAAGACUUCUGUAUUGCUGUUGUAGAUAUUGAAAGAACAGUACACGAUUAAAGUGGCUU